CAGGAGAUGUUGAGACACUGAAGUGACAGAGGCCCUGCAUGGAGUUAGACUGGGGCUUGUACUGGCUAAGGUGCUGAUAUGCGCUGAAGAUGAGUGGCGUUGGAGACAACUCGCUGGAGCCGCUUUGCGUCGACCGCAAACGAAAGCUGUCCACCUGUGACACACCAGGACUAGGGUGUGACAAGCGUCGGAGAGAACAGGAGAGCAAGUACAUCGAGGAGCUGGCCGAGCUCAUCUCCGCCAACCUCUCGAACAUUGACAGCUUCAACGUCAAGCCUGACAAAUGUGCUAUCCUCAAGGAGACAGUGAGGCAGAUCAGACAAAUCAAAGAGCAAGGAAAGAGCUCUUACAGUGAUGACGAUGUACAGAAGGCAGAUGUGUCCUCCACUGGUCAGGGGGUCAUUGACAAGGACCAUCUGGGACCGCUACUCUUACAGGCUUUGGACGGCUUUCUGUUUGUGGUCAACCGAGAGGGGAGCAUUGUAUUUGUGUCAGACAAUGUGACGCAGUACCUGCAAUACAAGCAGGAGGAGCUGAUCAACACCAGCGUGUACAACAUCAUCCACGAUGAGGACAGAGAGGAGUUUCACAAGAACCUGCCCAAGUAUAAUGUACCAAACGGGGCACCUUGGGGUGGAGAGGCACCUCGUCAGAAAAGCCAUACCUUCAACUGUCGCAUGCUGGUAAACUUUGUUCACGGUCAGAAUCAUGGGCUACCAGAGGAAAGAGCCGGGGGGCACCGUUAUGAGACCAUGCAGUGUUUUGCCCUAACUCAGCCCCGGGCCAUGAUGGAGGAGGGAGAUGAUUUACAGUCGUGUAUGAUCUGCGUUGCACGACGAAUCACUGCAGUAGAGAGGACAGAGAGGUUCAGCACUCGGCAUGAGCUGUCUGGUAAACUUAUUGAAAUUGAGCAGCAGAGCUCUCUUCACACUACAAUGCGUCCAGGCUGGGAGGACCUGGUUGGACGCUGCAUGCAGAUGUUCCUCCAUAGAAGUGAUGGUCAACCAUGGUCCUACAAACGGCACUAUCAAGAUGUGUUCCAUACUGGUCAUGCAGAGACACCUCUCUACCGCUUCUCACUCUCUGAUGGCACCCCAGUGACUGCUCAGACAAGGAGCGACCUGUAUAGAAAUCCCAAUACAAAUGAACCUCACUCUUUCCACUCAACGCACUUCCUUCAAAGGGAGCACAAUUGUUACCGUGGUAAUCAAGGGGGUGGUAUGAGGCCCCAAAAUAUGGGCGCAAACAACGCCAGUCAACAAAUGAACAUGAGCCCUGCAGGUAGCAUGGGCAUGAACCGAGGCUAUGGCAUGGCCGAACAGGGCAACAUGUCGCAAAGAGGAGUGCCACCAUACACUGGGGGCAGCCGCAUGAACCCCAUGCAUCAGAUGAGCCCCAUGCAUCAGAUGAGUUCUAUGCAUCAGAUGAACAACGUGGGUCAAAUGAAUCCCAUGCAUACAAUGAACUCAGUUAACCAAAUGGGGUCCAUGAACCAAGUGGGUCAUCAUGGAGUGCAUCAACAGCAGCAGCAUCACCAGCAUCAGCAGAUGGGUCCGUUUCACGGAGGUGGACCUGGGGGUGGGGGUGGAGGUUAUGGAAUGGGCAUGACCAGCCCUCCCCAGGCCAGCCCCGGGAUCAACGGUCCCCCGCAUAAUGUUAUGGGGUCACCUAGAGUCCGAGGAAGCCCCAAGAUGGGAGCCAGCCCUUUUUCUCCUGGAGCAGCCCUGAACUCUCCCAUGAGUUCUACUCACACUGCUAACUCUGGAGGAGGAGGAGGAGGAGGAGGAGGAGGAGGAGUGAACACCUUCUCCAGCAGCUCUUUGAAUGCCCUCCAAGCAAUAAGUGAGGGAGUUGGCAAUCCAAUGCCGGCACCUCUUACAUCUCCUCCACCUCACAAACCUGACAGCUCCCCAAGCAUCAACUCCACCAACCAGGCAGCAGGGGGUCCAUGUAAAGCUGGCCUCCCACCAUACUCUGACUCCAAGAGCCCAGGCAACUCACUUGGAGUUGGUGAAGAGCAGCAGUCACAGCAGCACCCACACACUCCCACCAGCGAGGGCCCUCCUGAUAAACCAGACAGCCAGGCUUGUCCUGGUGCGGGGGAGUCCAGUCGACGGGUCCCCGACAAAUGCAACAAGAAGCUUCUGCAGCUCCUGACCUCCAACACAGACGAGCUGGUGCCAGCUGGUCACACACCGAGCUGUGGACCCAGCUCCACACCUGACACCAAGAGUGGAAAAACUGGAGUUACCAGUCCCUCCUCCACAACAGGCGUGUCCUCUUCCACGAGCGGGACUCAUGGCGCCGUGUCCUCCUCUGGGGGAACCGGACAAAGCCAGUCACUGCAGGAGAAGCACAAGAUCCUCCACAAACUCCUGCAGAACGGCAACACCCCCGAUGACGUGGCCCGUAUCACAGCCAUGGCCACCGGGAAGGCCAGUCUGGAUUCAGGGGCACCAGAACCUGGGCCUGCAGUUACUGGGGGAAUAAAGGGAUCAGAAUCAAAGAAGGAACAGCACAGUCCGAAAAAGGAGAAAUCCCACGCCCUCCUUCAUUACCUCCUCAAUAAAGAUGACUCUAAAGAAGGUGGUGAUAUGAAGCCUAAGUCAGAGGAUUUAGAUGGGAGAGGAUCUCAAGGGGCAGGAGUCAGCAGCACAGACCCCCCCUGCAUCGAUGGCAAGGUGAAACUGGAGCCAUCUGAUGAGACGGAGACGCUGGAGACCAUUCUGGGUGUCCCACGGAACGGCUCGGCUUUUUACCCUGAACCCGACUCCAGAGCCGGAAAGGAAGUGGGGAACAAACAGGGAACUGUUCCUGAUAGUUUGCAUGAUGGGGAAAGAGGUCCCAUACUGCCAGGUCAGCGUGGAGCCUAUCAAAGAGCCCUCUCUGUGGAUUCCAAGCCCAUUUCUGGAGAAACGGUGAUGGGAGCUGGACUGGCAACGAGACGGAAUGUUCCCUGCCCCACACUGGUCAAACAAGAAAACAUAGAUGCUCCGAUCCGACCUGGAAACGUGCGCAAAGGCUUUACUGGAGGCAUGGAUGCGUGUCCAACCCGGGGCAAUCUAACAAGAGGUAUGGGUCGAGGCAUGGGUGUUCAUCAGCGGCCCUUAAUGGCAGGCGCAGGGGAAUGGGGCAUGCCAAGGUCCAGCAGAAGCCCUGUGGCUGGUCCAGGGCAUCCAGCCAUGGGUCGCCCCGGCCAGAUGGGAGUACCGAUGAUUAACCGCUCCAUCAGUGCACCCGAAAACACCAGGUCCAUGCUGCAGCAGCAGCUUAUGGAUAUGGGUAACAAUGAAGCUAAUAUGGGUAUGAACCCAUUUGGUGGACAAGGGCCCCCACCCCAGUCCCCCUCUUGGCCAGACUCUGGGAUGGGAAUGGACCGACCACAGAGUAGCACAAACCGGGAUCAGUUUGUGCACCCCCUGGAGGAGCUACUGGGGCCUCUGACCAGCAGCGAUGGUCCAAGUGAUGAAAGGGCCCUUCUGGACCAGCUCGACUCUCUGCUGAAUACCGCUGAUGUCAUUGCCCUGCAGGAGAUAGAUCGAGCCCUCGGCAUCCCUGAAAUCGUUGGCCAGUCCCAUGGACCUGAAGGCCACCAGCUGGGCCAAGAUCAAGGCCAUGGCCAGUGCCCAGCAUCAGAGCCUUUCCCGGGGCUGGACUCCUCCAUGGGGAUGGACCAAAAACCCAUGUAUGGCCCGGGCUAUCCGGGGCCUCCCUCCAUGGGCAUGCAGCCUGGAUAUGCAGGCAACACGCUGCAGGGCCAGUCUCCUGGAGGCUUCAACCCCAUUAUGAGUCAGAUGGGUCAGACAGGGGGCUUCCCGGGCAUGGGGGGCAUGGGUAACCCUCGCGCAAACAUGCCACGGCCUCGCAUGAUGACUGUCGCCAAGCCUACCAGGCUGCAGUUACAGCAGAGACUCCAGGGACAGCAGCAGUUCAUGAACCAGACACGACAAGGAAUGAAGAUAGAAGGUGCCCCCGGAGGAAACCCCGCCAUGCGCCCCGCCAUGCAGCCCGCAGGGAUGGGCGGCCAGCCCGGUUUCCUGAACGCCCAGAUGAUGGCGCAGCGCACCAGAGAGGUGAUGACGACCAUGCAGAUGAGGAGGCAGAGGGUGAUGAUGCUGAUGCAUCAGCAACAACAACAACAACAACAGCAGCAGCAGCAAAGUCAGGCACUAGCAGGGGGCUUCAGCCCUCCUCCUAAUGUCACAGCUCCAGGAAGCAUGGACAGCCCCAUGGGAGCGCCCCCCCUAAACCAGCAGCAGGGUUUCAGCUACGGAAACACUUACGGCAUGAACCAGCAGGUGGACCCAUCUUUCAUGGCUCCUGUUUCCAGUCCACCUGCAAACAUGGUGCAAGGACGAAUGGGAGGUCCUCCGCAGAGCACCAUGAUGCCGGGGAUGCAGGGGAACCCACAGGGAGCACACAUGUAUCCGUCUGGAGACAUGAAAGGCUGGCCACAGGGCAACAUGCUUCGUAAUAACCCAUAUUCCCAGCAGCAGUUCUCCCAGCAGGGCACCCAGGGCCAGUUUGGAGCCAUGAUGAUGAACAACACGAUGGGUGGACCUGGACCAGUGAGCGGGCCUGGCCCGGCUCAGAUGGCCCAAAUGCAAGGACAGAUGCAGGGCCAAAUGGGCAUGAACCCAAUGGGGAUGGGCAGAAUGCCAUUGGGACCUGAUCAGAAGUACUGCUGAGGACCUGCGGAUGGUGCCGGAAUGUGGACCCUUUCAGCCGUGGCCGAACGUACUGGACGGGGAUAGGAGUCCGAGAAACGCCUGCAAACACACACACACACACACGCAGGAGUUCCCCAGCAGAGAAAAUGCCUUGCGAGGCACGGCGAGCUCGAUUGAUUGCAGGGGAGGAAGUGGGCCACAAAAAC